AUGGAGUCCCUGGGGAGACGCCGCCACCACAAUCAGCCGGGGUCCCUGGAGACGCAUCUGCUCGUCUCGGAUCCACGCAGAACCUCUCGAGACUCUCAUUUUUGUCUAUUCCCAUCGUCAUUCGUUCCGUUUUCUGACAAGGAAUUAGUGAAAAUCAUGAGCGUCGUCUCCAGGAAAAAAUCUGGCCGAAGCUCGAGAGGUUCUGUUUUUAGUCCGUUUUUCAUUUCGGCGUUGAUUUCUUUGGAGACUUAACUUGACUAGAAUUGUAUCAUAAAUUCAGCUAAGAAUUUCGAAAUACGAAAUUCAGAAUACAUUUUUAGGGUUUAAGAAGAAGUGAAAAUUUUUUUUUAUGUUCCUAUGGGAUUUAGAGUGAAAGAUGAGGAGUAUUGCUUUUAUUCGUAAAUUUUUUUUGAAGAUCCCGUGAAAAGUUUGAAGCUUCGAAAUCGAAAUUUUCUUUUUCCGUAUAAAAUCAAGCCAAAAACCAUGAAUUUUUCCUUCGAAGUGUUGUUGAUUUUAUUCUGAUAUCUGACCGCAAUAAGUUCUAAAACAGAUAACAUCCAAUUUUGUGGACUAUAUCGCAGCGAGAGUAACGCUAUACCGCGGGGAAGCCGCGAGCGAUAUCGCUCGCCUCUCGCUGCGACCUCGCAAACGUCUUGCGCUAUAUCGCUCUCUAAAAAAACUUUUUUUCUUCAGAAAUGAAUUUGAUUGAUUUCAUCAUAAAAGUCAAAAAAAUAAAGCAAAAAAAUGUUUUUUUCAAAUUUCAAUUUUUUUGAGAGGGAGCGAUAUGGCAGCGAGACUUUGACGAGGUCGCAGCGACAUGUUGACGAUAUCGCAGCGAGAAGCCUUAACUAUAUCGCGUGCGGCCCGCUGCGAUAUCGGAAAUUAUGUUGGGUGAAUCUAAAACUUGCGAAAUAGUUUCGUUUAUAUUAGACCCUUGAUUUAUUAUCUGUUUUUGUUUUUUCAGAGAAUGAGUCGAGGUCGCCUUCCUUACCGCCAGCGAAAAAGUUUGGUUAUUAGACAAAAAGUGGAAAAAUUUGGUUUUCAGAAUUUUGAUAGAAAUCAAACAGGAAGAGUGCAACGAGGUCUAUGAUAUCAAGUAAGGAAUUUUCGAUUAGUUCAAAAAGUGUCUGGAAAUCUGAUUGCGAAUGAAACAUUUAUAGAUACAACUCUUCUAUUAAAACUGAAAGUUUCUUUCUUAGUUUUGCUUCAAAAUAAAACAUAUUAUAUACUAGUAGCAUUUGCUAGUUUUGGUGUCAUUUUGAAUUUAAUUACAUGGUUUUGUUUUGCAAUUCAAUGUUUGAGGUGUCAAUUGUGCGACGUCGUCUGCAAUUCCAUUGCACAACUUCAGACUCAUACUCUGAAUAGCCAUGCUCCUUCAAUUGAAGAUGUGGGGGGAUAAUUCCUCUUUCAUUUUCUUCCGAGCUACAGAACCCUUCCGGGAGGCAUCCCUUCAACCUCGCGGUCUACUUCUAUGUAUGCGCCUUUAAUAUAAUCGAAGUUUUGGCUAAAUGGAAGGCGCAUACAAACAGGCAGGCCGCGCGCAUCAAAACGAGAGGUUCUAUAGCCUGGAGGAAAAGGAAAGUUGUGCUGACAAGCUGGCGAACGGGUUAUUUUUAUAUAUUAUUUUCCAGAAAACCAAAAAAUCCCAUAUUUCGUGCCAGCAAUGCGACUCCUCCUUUGACUCAUUCAUGCAAUUUGCCGUCCAUAUGCGAAGUCACCUUUCCUCGACAAGUUCAUCUCCGAAACUCACUUGCCCGUUUUGCACCAACCUCACCUUCAGCGAUGUUCAGGUCAACUUUUAACAAUAUUUUGCUUUAUACCGUACUUUAUAUCGUAGUUCGUCAAAAAUAUUAUAAUUCAGUGAGUUUUCAAGAGAAGGGGCCACCCGAAAAUCCGUGAAAUAGUUUUGAACCUUUCUUAGGAAAGCCAGGGAGCUUCCUAUAGGGGUUAGGGAAAAAGCCUCCAUAGAGGACAAAAAGAGUUUUCCUAAUAGAGGUAUAAUUUAGGUGGUCCUGUAAGGGAUUAGAUCCCGACUUCUAGUCUCCUAAAGCUCAAGAUAUUCCUAUGAGGUCUUUCAAUUUUUCGUUCAGAGAUGAAAACUAAAAAGGCAAAAUUAAUCAAAUCACUCUUUCAAUUCAAUCAAUUGAUUUUCGCAACAUCGGGAUGGUAUGGUGAUGUUGCAGGGAGGGAAAAAGACCACUAGGUGGAUUAACUAACCCCACCUGUGAAGAAAAAAAAAGUUUUGUCAUAUAUUUAAUUCAAGUAACGCUAAUUCAUCGAGUGCUUCUUUUCAUAGAGUUCACAAAGAUAAUCGACCUAAGUGUCCCUUAUGGGAGGCUAACUCAACUCUUAUAAAGGCCACUUGGCCAUAAUAGGGGAGGUAAAGUGGUCCCUAGAGGGAAACCUUCCCGAUUUCAGAAAGUUGCCCCUAUAGGGACCAUGCUGUAGUUCCUGAUUUAUAAACAGACUUGGUAUGGAAGAAGUACAUUCAAGUUUAGAAGCCAUUCCAGAGAUCAUGAGUAGUAGGAAAAGAGAAAAACGAAAUCUCCUCAUUUUUUAAGUCUUACUUGUUUGAGCCUCUUGAGGGAAAGUCUAGCUUUAUUAUUCCCCUUGAGACGUGGUCAACUUCCCCGAAACCGUUUUAGCUCAUUAUAUUCGUUAGUGAUAACUUUUUUGAGAAUCAGCGAGUUACAGCCAAAGAAGGUAUUGGGAAAAUAUUGUGCAAAAACUCACUAUUUUGCAGGGCUCAUACUUUCUCAUCAUUUAAAAAUAUUCAAUGAUGAAUUCGACCGUUUCAGUCGCGACUGGAGCACGUGGCAUCCCAUUUCGAAGUCCGAGUACCUCACCGCGUCUGCUCAGAAUGUCAUUUGCCGUUCUCGACGAUUUCGGCGCUGGCCAGUCACUUCACACAGACUCAUCUACGGUUAAAGUACCAAUGCACGGGCUGUCCCUUUUCUUCGGACAGUGAGAAAGGUUUCAGGGUGAGUUUUAGAAAUUCACUGGAGAAAUGAAUGAGCAUCAUUUUUUAUGAAAAGUCACAAAAAAGAAAAUAACUAUAAUUCUAAAAAAAAAUGAUGCUGCUGGAAAAAAAUCCAAACCUUCAAUUUAAGCUAUAGGAUAUCUAAGUCAAAGCUCUUGGGGUCACGUUCACGCUGCAUUUCUUCCUGAAUUAACAUUUUCACUAGAAUUUUGGACCAGAUAUUUUCUAAGUAUGUGUUUUAGGGCUGUUUUAAGUGUAAAAGACUGCAGUUUUUUGUGUUCAAUCAACUCAUGAAAAUUUCAGGAUCAUUGCAAAGACCACAGUUCCGAAGAGAUGAUGUUCACUUGUCGCGUUUGCGGGAUUCCUUUCGCCAAUUCUCAACUCGUUGCUAUUCAUGUUCAGUUGAUUCAUGAUAGGUUUGAAAAUCAUGUGCUUCCUUAUACAUUUCUUUCAAUUCAGAGAAAUUUUCCACUACGAAAAGGACAUCAAAGACACCCGAGAAAGGCGAUUACCCUUGAAGUCUCCUGAAGUUGAAAGCUUUCAGUUAAUCUUUUGAAAAUGGUUUUCCAGUUGCGAUUGAUCCAGUGUUCUGUUUGUGAUGAAGCGUUGCUGGGGGAGGAUUCGUUGGACGAGCACCGGCUAUUGAUGCAUUGCAAGGUAGGAAAAAGACAGGUCGGAAAAACAAGGGCUAGUCCAGAUGUUGGUACGAAAACCUUGAAAAAUAUGUUAAUUUUCCUUGUUCUGUAAGAGACUUAUGUUUUUUAAAAUUUGUUUUGAAAUCAAAGAGAGUUUUUAAAUGUUACUCUGGAGUUUUCUGAUCGACUUUUUGAUUAAGACUAGUUUCACUAUAUGUAGUUUUUUCCCGCUGGUUGCAAAUCUGACCUCAGAAACUGAUGCGGAAUUAUGUGAGAAAAUUUAAAGAAAAUUUUAAACAUUACCUAAUUCAAUCACAUACAAAUGUUGGGGUUUUUUUGUUGGAGGAGAAGGAAAUUUUGAGGCCGCACCACGCUCACAGGGCCUACCAUGAACUUUGUGAAAUUAUAUCGGGGCUUUUUUUUCAAUAAUAAUCGAGUAAUUUUUUUUUAUGUCAGCUCAAGAAGCUUCUGGCUUUUGAAUAUGAAAAUAUUAGCUGUGGAAUAAAAUAUAAAUCUUCGUUCUCUUUUAUUUUAGCAAUGAGAGUAGCCCCUUUGAGUCAAAACUUUGCACGGAAUUGUUGAUAACGUGAAAGAAGUUUUCAAUUUCAGGUGCCUCAUGGCGACAAAUGUGCCGAAUGCCAAGAACCAAUCAACACCCAGGAAGACUUUGUCGAGCACUGCCGUCGCCACGCCGAAGACCUGGCGAUGCGUUGCCCCGUCUGCCGCCAGUCGCUGAGGUCCGAGACUCAGGUGCACGCCCACAAGAACUUCCACAUGGUCGGCGGCCCUCCGAUCACCGCCAACUGUCUCGUCAAACGGGAAGUCGAGGAAGAGCAGGAUGAAGUCGAGGUCAGCGAGGAUCAGACAUGGCUUUUUCAAAGGUCGUCAUCACUUUCACCCAAAUCCUCUUUCAUUGAAGUCAGUAUCACCGUCCUGAGAUUAAAAUAGCUUUUAUUUAUGACAACAGCACCUCUUUAUAGCUUGAAAAUAACGUUUGCUCGUUAUUUUCGUGAACUUUCGUAGGUCAACCCCUAACUGAGAUCUUUGCUUGCCCAUGUUGGGUGAGUUAAUAAGGGAAGAGUCUAAAUUCCUCUUCCAAAAUUUCAUUUAAAUGAUAAAUACUUUGAAAAGUUUCGAAGAUAGAAAUUAUAUGGGUGUCACCAAAACAAAGAAAUACAGGAAUACAGCGAGAAUUAACAAAUUAGACUGUUGCUUUCAAAGUCCUUUUUGACCCUUUUUUGGUUCUCAGUACUUUUGAUCGCAUCUCGUUAACGUUUACUCAGAGGUUUCAGAGAACUAAGUCGAGGUUAGAAAAGUUUCCACUUUACAGCUGUUUUAAGCGAUAAAAUUAGUGAAAAGAAAGGAAUUCGCUUCAAAGAAACCUUCAAAAAUUUUUUUAAAUAGUCAGUUUUCUUUCGAACUCAUGAAGAAUUCAAUCAGAUUUUCCGCUAAAUUUUUUUCCCGUAGAAUCAUUGUUUUUUUUAUUUUUUUUACAAAAAGCGCUGAUAUUAUAAACAAUUUUAGAUUUUUUUCGAAUUAAGAAAAAUAUUAGAAAAAAAGGAAACUUGGGCUUCGGUCUUUCUGCAAAGUUCGAGAAUUUAGGUAGUUGUCAGAUUUAAUGUUGCUUAUCUCAGAGGUGGAUGAAAUGAGGGGCCCUCCCGGGCGUAACAUGCCCGCCUCAGCCAUCAGGCCUCUGAGAAGAAAUGAGCCGCUUCAUUAUGUGUCGAUGGCGUAUAAUACCACGUUGCAAAAGUAGGGCGAAAAUGGUCAUUUUUGUUCAUUUUUCAUUAAACUGUGGAUUUCGCAUUUUUCCAAUAAUUUUUUUAAUUUUUCAGUGGAUAUGAUGUCCAGUUGAAUUUUUUAUGUGAAGUACGGUUAUAUUUGUUUUUUUUUCUUUAGGCGAAAUGUUCCAGAUUUAUGGUUACGAACCCGCUGACUAGUGAGAGAAUAAAUUUCCGUCGCCACCAAAUUGGAAAUUCGAAAAACCUUGUUCUAAAGCUUCGAAAACGACGAUUUUGCAAGAUUUUAGAAGAUUCCAAUUUUUUCGCGUUCUUUUUCUUCCAAUGGCGUUUUUUUGCCAUCGUGGCUUUGGCCCCGGGCGCCCUGGGCAGCGACUUAUUAAGAAAUGGCCAUGGCUGCCUACGUCGGUUUAGAAAUGUAAACGUUUUAAAACGCUUAGGGGCGCCAUUUCUCCACCUCUGGCUUAUCUGACUUUCACUUUUAAAAAGUGGAAUUUGUCAUUUCUUCCGCCAGACGCUCUUAUGGAUAGCUUCUCAAGUGAGGACUUUCCAUUGAGCAGUGAAGCUUGAAAAAACGUUCCAAAUUGAUCGAAUCAACGAAAAAACAUCGAAAGAGAAGAAAAACACGUUGCAGCGACCGGCGGACGAGCGGCGGCAGAUCAGACGAUCCCUAAAAUGCGUCAGGUGCGACAUCGCGUUUAACGACGUCGCCAAGUUCGACUCUCAUAUGAAAUUGCACGGAACGACGUCGUCGCCGCGACAAUCUGCGAACCCCGUCGCCUGCGAUGAUUUAUAA